UUCAGCCUUUGUGGUUUUACCCACGAAAAACUCAUCCAACUCCACAGUCUUUCUUCUCUCUCUCCGUGCUAGGGUUCAAUCUUCUUCUUCACUCACAGCUUCGCUAUCGGCCUCACAUCGAUCGUAUUUUUGGCCUCUCAAUUACAUGUUAAAGCCCUAGAAACGACAGAUUAAGGAUUCACGACGUUCGCGUUUAUUUAUCACACCGUUUGCAUUUUCGCCCCCCCUUUUUUUUUUGAAAAGAUUCACGGUUUUUUCAAAUAUAUUGGAACUUCUGUUUAUGCUUUUUGUUCAUUGGUUAUCUGGUGCAAAUUCAAAAUGGUGGAAAGGAAGCUUUUCAAAACGAAGCUGUGCGUAUUGUAUCAGAGGGGACACUGUUCGCGCCAGAGUUGCUCCUUUGCACAUGGAGAUGCUGACCUCCGGGGGUUUUCCGGUUCUUAUGGCGGUAAAAGAAACUUUCGAGAUGGUGACCUGAGGGAUAAGCUUGACAGAAGGCUAUCUCCUAAGCGAAGAUAUUCUCCUGCAAGAUAUGUGAGGGACCAACAGACAUCUCAAAGAUAUAGCCCUUUGAGGUCCAUUGACAAAAAGAGAAAUCGAAAGAAGAAAGAAUGUUUGGAUGGACAAAGUGAUUUUCCUGAAACUUUGAACAUUCCAAAUGUGAUGGAAGAUCUAGUUAUAGAGGGGAGAAACACAUCUUCUACUUCCAAAAGCAUUCUUGAGGAUCAGUUGAAGGAAGUACGCGUGGAUAUUGACUUGCUUAUUAACCGCAAACAUGAAUUAGAGACAUUUGUGGAAGAGAAAGUUCAGGAAGCGGAGACUCUUACCUCUCAAAUUGAGGAGCUUGAUACUCAAUUAGAACGAGAGAAAGAACAAUGUAAAAAGAUCACUUCAAGAAUCAAGAAGUUUGUCAAAGCACACAACCGGUGCUCACAGAUAGAAGAUGAACUGAGGAGAUCUCAAGCUCGAUUGCAGAAGUCAGGAGAACAGCUUGUCUUGCAUAUUUCUGGGACCAGUGGUGAUGAAGAGAACUCCAAUGUCAACAUUGUAAGUGAUGGUGAGACUAAUCACUUACAUACAUCCUAUCCACACAAAGUGUCAAGGGGUAAUUCUUCUCCAAGCAAGAAAAGGCUGUGGACCAAUAAGGACACCACUGAAGGGCCCAUUUGUGAGGGUAAAGCACUUCAAGCAGAAACUGUCCGAUUGGGAAAGCGGUCUCGUUGGAGUGAACGCCCUAGUCAAUCAAAUAUAGACAAGGAAAAUGGUUCACUGAAAAAUGGAAACAGCGGUGCUGUGCCCUUGGCAAGUAAUGAGAAGCCGAGGAAAGGAAAGAAAGUUUCAGUUAGGACAUCUACUACAGACAAGCUAAAGGGUGCACGUUCUUCUCUUUCAUUGCCAUUAACAAGCAUGGCAGCUCAUGCAGUUGAUGAUGUCGAAAUACUGGAAGUUGAAGAGAAGGUUGAGGCCUCAGCCUUGCCAUUUUUACUUCCUCCGCCUCCUCCAAUCCGCCAAAAUGGUUACUCACAGUAUGAGGGUAAUGAUCGGAAUGUAGAUGUUGACAGAGUGGACGUGAUUUGAAUGUAUGAAUUGAUAAGUGUAUACUAUUUUGGUAGGUAGGGUCUGUGGAACAUGGUUUUCAGUCCAUUGUUGGUGGAACCAGUUAUUUUGGAGUUUCAUGUAUAUAAAUUAUAAAUAUUAUAUCCAUAGUCAUAUAUUUGGGUUAUGUUAAAGCUGCUGGUUGCUGUUAUUUUUAUCAUUUUCUGUAAGUCCUGAGUACGUCCUACAAUCGCAUUAAAAAUAAUAAAAUAUCAUUAAUUUAUUUAAA